AUGAAAGCGAACGAGGAGCGCAGCGUCGGAAGCAAGACUUGCGACGACCGUAUACGAGAUGACGCCAGAGAUUGGCUCGUCGCCUGGCAGCGUCAAGGCUGCAAGGAGUCGGUGCUCACCGUGGAGCACAAGAGGUGCCGUGGUCUCGAAGCGGCCUGCCUCGCUGUCGGCGACGCAGCUGUAGUUGCCGACGUCUUCGACCAGGACGCUCCUGAUGGCCAGGGUGACGCUGUUCUGCGAGGCCUUCACGAUGACGACUCGCCGAUCGGCGGACGUGGUCACCGGGCGGCCGUCCCUGAGCCAGGCCAGCUCCGCCGUUUGCUCGGGCGACGUCUUCCUGACGUUCCACCAGGUAACGACGGCAGCGCUCAAAUUUCCGCAGCAGCAGGGCAGGUAGCCGUCGUCGUGCCGUUCACCAAGUCAGACGAACUCGACGACGCGCAGGAGUCCCGGCUGCGUGACCUGUUCUUCAAGUUCCACGCGGAUCGCAGAGGCUCAGUGACCUUCGAGCACGUCGACGAGAUACUGCGAGCCGCCGCCCGCGUCGUCAUCGACCCGGAGUUCAAGAAGCGCGUCAAGAGCGCAGGGUCCGACGGCCUCAAGCGGAAGGUGCAGUUCCCGGAGUUCGUGGACAUGGUGCCGAAGUGCACGCGCGCCUUCAGCCCUCGGACGGACCUGCACGACGCGUUCCGCGUGUUCGACCGCGAUGGUCACGGAUUCGUCAAGACGGCCGAGCUGCGUCACGUGGUGACCACGCUGGGCGAGCGCAUGACCGACGAGGAGGCCGACGAGCUCGUCCGGGAGGCGGAUGCCAGCGACGAAGGCCACGUCAACUACGAGGAACUCAUCAAGACCAUCUCCACGCCACUCCCGCCAGACCAGUACGGCGUGUCUCGCAAGAAGAGGCCUCUGCCGAGCACGGAACUGCGGCAGCCGGGCUCUGCCAGUGUGACGCGAAGUGCGUCGGGCGUGCCAGCAGAGAGUGCGUCCGUGAGCGCAGUGUCCGAGCCGCAGCCCGUGGGCGGAGAAAUGGCCGCGGCGGCCGCCGAAGGCAGCGUCAGGUCCGGCGAGACGUCGGCGCCUUCGUCCGAGCCCCGUAGUGACGAAAAGUCCGGUUCGAAGAAAUUCUCCGGUAAGGAAUCCACCUCGGGCUCUGGCAAAAGGUCCGCUUUGGCUUCCGGAAAGGGAUCCCUCCGCUUCCGGAAAGGGAUCCGCGAGCGGAUCUACAGCCGGCUCCACGGAAGGAUCCAAAAAGUCGUCCAGGAAAGCGUCCGGCACCGGCGACAGUCCUGCCGCUGUUUCUACUACAUGUGGCCCUCCCGUCGAGGCAGUCGUGCACGAUGCACCCGCUGAGAAGAAGGACGGCGAGGUGGCCAACAAAUGACAGGGACGUUGGUAUAGAUGCCCGCCGUAACGUCGUCGAGGCAGCGCAAUGGCAACUGCGGCACCGUCAUGGAGGUCGUGUACCGUGCUGAGACCAUGGCCGAUUCCACGGCGUCAGCUGCAGUUGUCGACCCUGCCCCGUGAUGCUCGGGAACACCUCCCGACUACAGCGUCUGUCAGAAAUAAAUGU